UCCCUUGUCCCCGCUGCCACUCCCCCCGCAUGUUCCUACUCCUCCACUGCGCCACCACCAUCGCUAUCCCAUUCCCAUUCCUUCCUGCCCGGGCUCGAUCACCCGGCGCGCACCAUCACGCCGCACGCCGCACGCGCCGCCCAGAGCUGUGCCUGUGCGUGAACUAAGCGGUCGACGGUGCAUGCGCGGGGAUAGACAUGGACACGCCGACGUCGUCGACGUGGGAGGAGGGCUCGCAGUCCGACUACGCCGACUUCGACGACGAUGACGUGCCCCUCGACCAUCAGCGGGCCGGCGUGCUGCGAGCGCUAAACCUCCGCCGCGACGACGGGGACGACGGCGCCGCCUCCGACGUGUCGUCCGAGUGCAGCGGGGAGCCCGGGAGCCCGUACGGGUCGCCGUACCCGCGCUGGCCGGUCUGCAAGCUGGCGGCGCGGAUGCCGCCGCCGGCGCCGCUGCUGCAGAGGCUCGGCACGGAGCCGCGGCGCGGCGGCGCGCGUGACCGCAAGGCCGGUUGCACCGAGUUGCAGCUGAUGAAGGAGAGGUUCUCCAAGCUCCUGCUCGGGGAGGACAUGUCCGGCGGCGGCAAGGGCGUCUCCACCGCCGCCGCCAUCUCCAACGCCAUCACCAACCUCUACGCGACCGUUUUUGGGAGCUGCCACCGGCUGGAGCCCCUGCCGGUGGAGAAGAAGUCCAUGUGGCGGCGGGAGAUGGACUGCCUGCUCUCCGUCUGCGACUACAUCGUCGAGUUCUUCCCGUCCAAGGACAUCCUGCCCGACGGUACGACCCGAGAGGUGAUGGCGACCAGGCCGAGAUCCGACAUCUACGUCAACCUCCCGGCCCUCGAGAAGCUCGACGACAUGCUGCUCGAGAUCCUGGACGGCUUCCAGAAGACGGAAUUCUGGUACCUCAACGACAAGGCGCACAAGGACAGCUGCGACGACUCGGCGCCGUGCCGUCCGGCGAGCCACCGCGGCGAGGAGCGGUGGUGGCUGCCGGUGCCGUGCGUCACCAAGUCCGGGCUCACGGAGCCGGCCCGGCGGGACCUGCGGCAGAAGCACGACUGCGCGAGCCAGAUCCACAAGGCGGCCAUGGCCAUCAACAACGGCAUCCUCGCCGAGAUCAAGAUCCCGGAGUCGUACACGCAGACGCUUCCCAAGUGCGGGCGGGCGAGCGUGGGCGACGCGCUCUACCGGGGCAUGUCGUUCCCGGGCAAGUUCUCGCCGGAGUACCUGCUGGACUGCCUGGAGAUCUCGUCGGAGCACGAGGCGCUGGAGGCGGCGGACCGCGUGGAGGCGGCGAUGCACGUGUGGCGGCGCAAGGCGGGCCACGGCCACGCUCGGUCGCCGUGGGGCGCCGUCAAGGACCUCAUGGAGUCGGACAAGAACGUGAUGCUGGCGAGCCGGGCCGAGGACGCCCUGCUCUGCCUCAAGCACCGCUUCCCCGGCCUCUCCCAGACCACGCUCGACGCCAGCAAGAUACAGCACAACAAGGACGUUGGGCAGGCCGUCCUGGAGAGCUACUCCAGGGUGCUGGAGAGCCUGGCGUACACCAUAGUGACAUGUAUAGACGACGUUCUUUUCGCCGACGAGUCGGCGAGGAAGAUCUGAUGAUGAUGAUCAUUUGUUCAUCCUGCCUGGACCUGGACCUGGACCAGAAAACCAAAAUGCCGGUCCAUACAUCCGUCCAACAAUAUGUACAUUAUGCCAUAACAUGUAGUGGUAGUAGUACACUAAUGGAAGAUUGCAGCAUGAGCACAGUAGGCUACUCCGGCCCUAGCAUAGCCAUGCUUGGGGCUACAUUCAUUCCAUUCCCAUGGUCCCUCAGUUGCAUUGCAUUCUCUCUAUGAUGACAAUGGACGCCAAAGAGUACAGUAUCACUUGUCACUUGUGAAUGUUUCUCUUGUAUGGA